CCAGCCUGGGCGAGCGGCAGCCACCUGCCCGGCGCCGCCUCAGCGCGCCCCGCCGCGGCCCAACUUGGAUGGAGUUGGGGUCCUGAGCGCACACCCUUCCGCCGUCAGUCCGGAGCCCCGCGCCGCCGCCUGCCUUCGGUUCGGGAUCCCCGCUCCGCUUCUUUCCGCUCCCGCGAUGGGAAAAGUUGGCGCCGGCGGUGGCUCCCCGGUCCGGCUGAGCGCGCUCCUAGCCGGCGCGGGGCUUCUGGUGCUCUUAGCCCCCGGAGUCUGCAGCAGCCGCUCCUGCUGCCCCUCGCAGCACCCCGGCUCGACCCCACGCUGGACCCUGACGCCAAGAGGUCUUCCUCACCCGGGACCGCUAGGUCGGGCUCCUGCCACGCCCCCGCCCCUUGUCAUGAGACCCCUGUUCAUAGUGGCCCCCGGGGACCGGGCGCUGUCUCUGGAGCGAGCUGGGGGCAGCAGGGUGUCCGUGGCGACCGCUGCACGCUCUGGCCGAAGGAGACGGAGUGGAGCGGAUCCUGAGAAGACUGAACCCGGAGAGGGUGCGAGUCGGAGCCGCCGGGGCAUGCUAAAGGAUGGAGGGCAGCAGGGGCCUGGGACUGGAGCGCGGGACCCGGACAAAGCCACCCGCUUCCGGAUGGAGGAGCUGAGACUGACCAGCACCACGUUUGCGCUGACUGGAGACUCAGCACACAACCAAGCUAUGGUCCACUGGUCUGGCCACAACAGCAGCGUGAUUCUCAUUUUGACAAAGCUGUAUGACUAUAACCUUGGGAGCAUCACUGAGAGCUCACUUUGGAGGUCAACCGAUUAUGGGACAACCUAUGAAAAGCUGAAUGAUAAAGUGGGGUUGAAGACAAUUUUAAGCUAUCUCUAUGUGUGUCCGACCAACAAGCGUAAGAUUAUGUUACUCACAGACCCGGAGAUUGAGAGCAGUUUAUUGAUCAGCUCAGAUGAAGGGGCAACCUACCAAAAGUACCGGCUCAACUUUUACAUCCAGAGUUUGCUUUUUCAUCCAAAGCAAGAGGACUGGAUCCUGGCAUACAGUCAAGACCAAAAGUUGUACAGCUCUGCUGAAUUUGGCAGAAGAUGGCAGCUUAUCCAGGAAUCAGUGGUUCCAAAUAGGUUCUACUGGUCUGUGAUGGGGUCGAACAAAGAACCAGACCUUGUGCAUCUUGAGGCCAGGACCAUAGAUGGACAUUCACAAUACCUAACUUGUCGGAUGCAAAACUGCACAGAUGCCAACAGAAAUAAGCCUUUCCCAGGCUACAUUGACCCUGACUCUUUGAUUGUUCAGGAUGACUAUGUGUUUGUUCAGCUGACAUCUGGAGGAAGACCACAUUACUACGUGUCCUACCGAAGAAGCACGUUUGCACAAAUGAAGCUCCCGAAAUACGCUUUGCCCAAGGACAUGCAUGUCAUUAGCACAGAUGAGAAUCAAGUGUUUGCAGCAGUUCAAGAAUGGAACCAGAACGACACCUACAACCUCUACAUCUCAGACACCCGUGGUGUCUACUUCACCCUGGCCUUGGAGAACGUCCAGAGUAGCAGAGGCCCUGAAGGCAAUGUCAUGAUCGACCUCUAUGAGGUAGCAGGGAUAAAGGGAAUGUUCUUGGCUAACAAGAAGAUUGACAACCAAGUGAAGACUUUCAUCACUUACAACAAAGGCAGAGACUGGCGUUUGCUGCAGGCUCCAGAUGCAGAUCUAAGGGGGGAUCCUGUGCACUGUUUACUGCCUUAUUGUUCACUACACCUCCAUCUCAAGGUCUCUGAGAAUCCCUACACAUCUGGGAUCAUUGCCAGCAGGGACACAGCCCCAAGUAUUAUAGUUGCUUCAGGUAAUAUAGGUUCUGAAUUGUCAGACAGCGACAUCAGCAUGUUUGUCUCCUCAGAUGCAGGAAACACUUGGAGGCAGAUCUUUGAAGAAGAGCACAGUAUUUUGUACCUAGAUCAAGGUGGAGUUCUGGUUGCUAUGAAACACACGUCUCUCCCAAUUCGACACCUUUGGUUGAGUUUUGAUGAAGGGAGAUCUUGGAGCAAAUACAGUUUCACAUCCAUUCCACUUUUUGUGGAUGGAGUUCUGGGGGAGCCUGGAGAAGAGACACUGAUCAUGACAGUAUUUGGACACUUCAGCCACCGCUCCGAAUGGCAGCUGGUCAAAGUGGAUUACAAGUCCAUUUUUGAUAGACGCUGUGCUGAAGAAGACUACAGACCCUGGCAGUUACAUAGCCAGGGUGAAGCAUGCAUCAUGGGAGCCAAAAGGAUAUAUAAAAAGCGAAAAUCUGAGCGAAAGUGUAUGCAAGGAAAAUAUGCAGGAGCGAUGGAGUCUGAGCCUUGUGUUUGUACAGAGGCGGAUUUUGACUGUGACUAUGGCUAUGAGAGACAUAGUAAUGGACAAUGCCUGCCAGCUUUUUGGUUCAACCCAUCCUCACUAUCAAAAGACUGCAGCUUAGGACAGAGCUACCUCAACAGCACUGGGUAUAGGAAGGUUGUCUCCAAUAACUGUACUGAUGGGGUGAGAGAACAGUAUACUGCCAAACCACAGAAGUGUCCAGGGAAGGCUCCUCGAGGCCUCCGGAUCGUCACGGCAGAUGGAAAACUGACAGCAGAGCAAGGACACAAUGUCACUCUCAUGGUGCAACUGGAAGAGGGUGAUGUGCAGCGGACACUCAUCCAGGUGGACUUCGGAGAUGGCAUUGCAGUGUCUUAUGUCAACCUCAGCUCCAUGGAAGAUGGAAUCAAGCAUGUUUAUCAGAAUGUGGGCAUUUUCCGAGUGACCGUGCAGGUGGACAACAGUCUGGGGUCUGACAGCGCCGUCCUGUACUUACAUGUAACUUGUCCACUGGAGCAUGUGCACCUGUCGCUUCCUUUUGUCACGACAAAGAACAAAGAGGUCAACGCAACUGCGGUGCUCUGGCCCAGCCAAGUGGGCACCCUCACUUACGUGUGGUGGUACGGAAACAACACGGAGCCCUUGAUCACCUUGGAGGGAAGCAUAUCAUUCAAGUUUACUUCUGAAGGAAUGAAUACCAUCACAGUGCAGGUCUCAGCUGGGAAUGCCAUCCUGCAAGACACAAAGACCAUAGCGGUGUAUGAGGAAUUCCGGUCUCUUCGCUUGGCCUUUUCUCCAAACUUGGAUGACUACAACCCUGACAUCCCCGAAUGGAGGAGGGACAUCAGCAGAGUCAUCAAAAAGUCUCUGGUGGAAGCCACAGGGAUUCCCAGCCAGCACAUCCUGGUGGCAGUGUUGCCUGGCUUACCCACCACUGCUGAGCUCUUCAUUUUGCCCUAUCAAGAUGCAACCAGAGAAAACAAAAGGUCACCAGAGGACCUGGAACAAAUAUCUGAAGUUCUAAUCCACAAACUCAACCAAAACUUGGUGCACUUCGAGCUGAAGCCUGGGGUCCAAGUUCUUGUUCAUGCAGCUCAUCUAACAGCAGCCCCACUGGUGGACCUCACUCCAACCCACAGUGGAUCUGCUAUGCUGAUGUUGCUCUCAGUGGUGUUUGUGGGGCUGGCCGUAUUCGUCAUCUACAAGUUUAAAAGGAAGAUCCCGGGGAUUAAUGUUUAUGCCCAGAUGCAAAAUGAGAAAGAACAAGAGCUGAUCAGUCCAGUCAGUCACACUGAAAGCAGGCCCAGUGUCCCUCAUCCUGACCUCAGGAGGCCUGGCCAGCUUGUAGAUGAGAAGGUGGAAUCACAGCUCCUAGGAAGUAUUUCCAUAGUUGCUGAGAAUCAAAGCACAAAAGAAAUCCCUACCUAUGUAAAUGUUUGAAUGGAGGACGCCAGUAAAACAAACAAAAAUAAAAUAAAAACAAUCAAAAUCUAAACUAACAAAUAAAACACUCAUUGCAUCGGGACUUUUAAAUUCUUCAGACACAGACAACAAGGGUUUUUAGCUUUAAGCCUGUGCAUGUGGACAAUACCUUGAGAACACGUUCGGAGGGGCAGUGGACAGGUGCUCUAUUUUAACGGAAAACACUCCCCUCCCUCUUUCUUCUCUUUUUCUGAUCGGUCGUGUUUGUAGAACAUUCAUAACAUAUAUAGGCCAAGGAAAUCUGCAUGUAUUUUUGGAACUAUUCUUGGCUCUAGAUUGAACAGCUAUUUUAGCACUAUGGGUUGAGGGUGGAUUAGCCAUCUCCAGCCUUUUCACAGGACACAAAGACGUGCACAGGAGUUUGAAACCCUGAGCUGCUUCUCUGUUUUAUUUAUUGUUAACUUUUCCUUCCUAAGUUAGUGUUAGUGGCUCUGUUGGUCAGCAGUGACCACAGGCUGAUUUCUCUCCAUUUUCUGUGGCCACAGGGACAAUGAUCCUAGUUAAAGAUUCAUACCCAUGUAGGCAGGUUCAACAGGAACAGAAGGGAGACUAGGAAGCAAAGCAUAUCAGAAAUGGACCUUUGUUUCCUGCUUAAAUUUUCUCCUUGCCCCAAGUAAUGUAAAAACAAGCAAAGACAAAAAAAGUGGGAUUUUUUUUUCCAGUAGAUAUUUAUUAUUCUACAUUCCCAUUUGUUUGCUAUCUCUGUGUGGACAUAUUUCUCUUGAUGUUUUUCAAUUUUUUCCUCCUUGUCUCAGAUUAUCUUUUGGCUGCUCUCACUUUUUCUCUUCAAAUGUGUUGCUAGAUUUUGGACCUUUAACCUGAUAUUUCCUAAAACUGGCCCAGCCUAGGCCAACCCUGACUCCUUCUCUCACAGGUCUUCAUCUCUAUCAAUUUUCUAUACCCCCACGCAUGCCAGCUUCACUGCUCUCUGGCCAGGCUACAUUGCGCCCAGCUGGAUUCAGUUACAUUUCCCCUUUGUCUCUUCCUCUGGAACCCUCUUUUGUCAAAUAUCUCUGUCUUUCCCACCUGGAAACAUAUGCUGUGUGUGAAAGAGUUGAUACAUGCAAAGCAACCCAAAUCUGGCCAUAUAUUUUGGAAAGUAAAACAUAUAGAUGAACAGUGGUGGUUUUGCGCAUUAACAAAAAUUUUAUGUGGUCUGAAUCUAGAAGAUUCUCUCAAGGAAUGUUUUGAAUGUGUGAUUAUAAUGCAGGGUAAUAUGUUCUAUGAUAGUUGCUGUUAUCUGAUAUUUCCUCCCUAGAAUAACCAUAUUUGUAAAAUAAAAUUGAUUUUUAACCAGAAGGAGAAGCAGGUUAAUGAACUUAAUAUAUGAAAGUACUGAAAAAACUACAGAAAUCAAUCUUCUCUUAUAUUUGGAUGAGGCUUAGAUCUUUUAAGAUGAUCUUGCUGAUUUCAUGUGUGCAUUCCUAUCUUUGAGUGUCAUGGUAUUUAUAAGGCAAAAAAAUAAGUCAAUAUAAAGGAAGAAUAGCUGCUUACAGAAAAGUAAGGCUCACAACCCUAGGGACCUCAAAGCAAAAGAAAAUCAGUUUCCUCAAAGGAAUUAUGAAAGAAGGCCCACAGAAAAGAGCAGAGCUUGUGCCCCUGCUGAAGUGCUUCUGUAUGAUUGAAGUCUCUUUACUUUUCUGGACAGGAAAAAAGCCCACUCUCAAGUGAGGAUGAUAUUCUGGUAAACCACUUCCAGAACCCAGCCUCCUCUUUGGGUGUGUCCCAAAGCCAACAACAGGGUAUUGUCAAGGGUCUUGUUGUAUCCCAGUGAUCAGUAUGACUCUUGCCGUUUUGUGGCUGUAUCAGUGAUCACAUGACCCCUGCACAUGUAUGGCCAAGUUAAGGGGAGAGUAGGAAAGCUGCUGUCAGAGGUUACUCAAGCAGAAAGCUUUAUGGUAGAAGAUGUCCCAUGUGAACUUGUGCAGUAAAUUAUGCCUGGGGACAUAAUCAAUCAAUUCUCAACCUGCCAGGCUUCCUAUCUCAUAGGGAAAAAACCUCAUUGAUUCUCUUCAAUUGGAGUCUUCCAUAUUUAGUCUGGAAGACAAAGUAUUUGGAAUCCAAAAUAGGUUCACUCAGCCUAGUGCAGAGAAUCCUCAGAGUUGCAAUUCAAAUUAUUCUAACUUGAAAGACAUUAUUAAAAAUGGAAGACCACUCUUGGUUUAGCCCAGUGCCUUGCCUAGAAUAAUAUUGUGAAAAUUAUUUGUCAAUGAAAUGGCAUGAGUGAAUGAGGAGACAGAGGAAAGAAGGGGCUUCAAGUCUUCAUUUAAAAUAGAGAUGGGCUUGAGAGACCUGGCAUCGUAGAAAGUGACCAAAGUGGUCGGUGUUAGAUUCAGCUUCUCCAGUGUCCUCAUGUGCCUCUCCUCAAAGUUCCCUGCCACCUAUAGGUGAUUGGUGAGGCAAGCUGCUGCUUAGAGGAGACUUCAGAGUCCUUAUAAUCUUGGCCAGUGGCUCUCAAAGUGUAAGGCUUUGGACAACACUAUCAAUGUCACCUAUACUUGUUGGAAAUGCAGAUUCAAACCAGACUGAAACAGACCCUGCUAUUUUGGAAAUUUUAGGGGAUCAACAGUAUUGUUUUCUGUUCAUGGGUCAUGGUGGCCCCAACAGUCUGUUUCAACACCCAUCCAGGUGAUUAUAAUAUAUGCUCAAGUUUGAGAACCUCCAUACCAGGCCUUGCAGUAGAAUACCAAGGAAAAAGUAACAUUGAGAACCUAUAAAUGGGAGGAACCCAAGUGCCUACUUCUCACUAAUAGCAGGUGCAAUUACAAUGAGGAGUCUGGCAAAGUUAAGGCCAAAAGAGUGUGGGGAGCAAUACAUAGAAGGGAAGAUUCAGGGCAAGCUAAAAAUUGGAUACUGCAACAUUUCUUAAAAGCCCAGAGGGAAAACUGCAUGCUGUACCCUGAACUACCCACCAACAUUUCCCCUUUGCCUUAUUCCUAAUUGGAUUCACUGUCCAAAUUGCAGAGGUUUGCUUUGAUUUUUUUCCAGAAGUUCCAAACAGCAACUUUGAAAGCAAUGGGGUGCUUGGCAGCUGUUCUGUGUUUUCCAGGAUUCCAACUGAGCAUUGAAACCCCUCAUUUGCCAACUUAUUUUUAUAGGAAGCCAAUUUAAAAAAAUAAAAGUUUUCUUAUAGUAUUGGAACUACUUCUAAUUUUAAAAUGACUUUUUUGAUGUAUUUUUUGUUAAAUACUAUGUAGUGUAAUGUAUAAUUGCUCUUGUUUAUUGCUUUUACAAUCAUAUUUAUUAAACAGAUAAUGUCUCUAAA